GGAUGAACAUAAGAAUCUAAACUUUCUCGAAGGCUGUGAAAUGAAGCCCUUAAAUUAAAGCUUUCUUCAAAUUUGGCCACUCACAUUUUCAAAACCCACACGCUGUGUAUUGUUGAUGAAGAAACAAAUGUCUUCCUCUACUCACCUCAUCAUUCUCUCUCUCUCUUUCCUCCUGCUUUUUAUCAUAACUCCAACCAUAUCAGGUGAUGUAUCGUUUGAUGAGGAGUGGUGCAUAGCUGAUGAGCAAGUUCCAGAUGACGAGUUGCAAAGAGCUCUUGAUUGGGCUUGUGGAAAAGGAGGAGCUGAUUGUAGAAAUAUUCAAAUGAAGCAACCUUGUUUUUACCCAAACACUGUUAGAGAUCAUGCUUCCUAUGCCUUCAACAGUUACUACCAAAAGUUUAAGCACAAGGGAGCCACUUGCUAUUUCAAUUCAGCUGCCAUGGUCACUUCUCUUGAUCCUAGUCAUGGUUCAUGCAAGUUUGAGUAUGUUCCUUGAAGAAGAGCAUAUUUAUAUAUAUAAUUAAUUGAUGGAUCAAAGAUGGUCCCUGAUUAUAACUGGAGCUUCUUUUCAAAUUCCAUUCUUGAUUUUCUACUUUGGAUGUGAAAGCAUUGUUUUCCCAUUUUCAAAUUUUAAGGUAGGAUGGUUGCCUUAAUAUUUUAGAACCUAAGGUUUAUUAAUUAAUCAAUCAAUGGAAGUAUGGAUGUUUGAUUUUGUCUUUUAAUUUAUGAUGAUGAAAUAUUCAAUCCAAGUUUGAAGAGUCCACACACUUCAUGUAUUGAUUGAGUUUCAGAUACGUGCUUCCCCUAAACUAUGACAAUGAGGGAGUGAGAUAAAAGAUUGUGUGAUCACCUGUACGAAUUUGGAGUAUAACCAAUGUUGUGAUGGAAGGUUAUGGCACACUAUAAUGGUGAAUUUGAUUAACUAUCCAUAGGUUACAUGGA